GCAGACGUAGACUAAGCUGGUAUAGCGCUGAAUUUCGACGUCGCGAUGGGCUCGGGAUCGAAUGCGACGAGGGGACCUGACCUCCACCCGAUAAAGUAGCAGUAAUUCAACACAUAUAGUGACAUACUAGUACCUACCUGUAUUGUUUGAUCUUCAUCCCUUGAAGAUCAGUAUCUCUUCAGAAUUCCAAGAUGGCCCAAGGCAGACUGAACAAAGCUGCUGUGAAGAUAUUCAUUCGUAUGCUUGGAGAGAAAGAUGUCUUAUCUACCAUCGACCCUGAAGGCCUUGUUUGGCUCGAGGGAAGACUCGUAAGUGUUGACGAGGCAAAGUACAUUGCCGUUCUCUUUGACUCGACGGGUAAAGCCAGAAUAGACUACAGCAGUGUCAGGAAGCUUCGGUCACAAAAAGAUGGUCUUAUUUCGGUUGAUUCUUAUGUGAUGAUCGUGGGUAAGGUAGAGUCCUACCCCCCGGACCCUCUCAUCAAGGCGAUCAAGAUUUCACCCAUCAGUAGUUCUGAGGUCGAGGAGGUCAUGUGGGGAAUGGAGGUGGAGGACCAACACAGGGAGGUCUACAGGAAGCGGUACCUGGAACGGAUCAAGAAGUAUGGAGAUCCCAUGGCCCACUAUCCGCUGGGUUACUAGGAUCGAAGGAAUGGACCGCUUCCUCGGACUUACCUUUCAGAAGAGAGAUGGGACACUAUCUUUCCAAUGGACCAGGAAUAUGGAGUAAUCCUGCAGGAGGUGAAGGAACUUUGGCAAAUUCGUCUAGGUCCACAAGGAUCCUAUAAAAGAAGGAAAGGUUCUAAGUUGGGACUAGUCACUAGUCCUGUCUUACAGGUAUCACAUGGACCAAUGGAGUAGUUCUGCAAGAGGCGAAGGAACUUUAGCAAACUCAUUGUCUAGGUCCACAAGGAUCCUCCAAAAGAAGGAAAGGUUCUAAGUUGGGACUAGUCACGAGUCGUGUCUCACAAGUAUCCCAUGGACCAGUUAUAUGGAGUAGUCCUACAAGAGGAGGAGAGACUUUAACCAUCGUAUGGACUGUUUCUCUGGAGUUAUCCUAUCCAAGAAGGAUAGACUUGAGCUAUUUCAUGGACCUGUCUUGUCUAGUAGUCCAACAAGUAAACGUUAAGCUACCUCAUGGACUAGGACCAUGUCGAUCACACAAGAGAAUACUGUGAACUAUACAGUUUUAUGAAGCAUUCCCACACUACAGGAAGAGGAGAGACUUAAUCCCAUUGGCUAGUUUCAUGGAGUAGUCUUAUAUGAGAGGAAGAGACUUAAACUGUCCCAUGGGCUGGAUCUAUGGAGAAGUUUUUUAGUCUUACAAUAGAGAGAGAGAAACAGACUCUUACUACAUAUGCCCUUCUGAUAGGCCUUUAUGGUAGUGUUGUUGCCUUGGAAAACUGAUUUGCCCUUAUAGCUUUCUCUGAUUGUCUUGUAUAGAAAAUUGUAGAAUGUAGAUUAGUGACAUGGAAAUGCCCAGUAGAUUGUAGUAUUCGGGUAGAAAUGCACGUUGUUAAAGGAAAAUGAAACUUUUGCAACAAGAUAGCUUGUGUGAAAACAGAAAAAUCAAAGAAACAGAUCAACGAAAGUUUGAGAAAAAUCUGACAAAUAAUGAGAAAGUUAUGAGCAUUUGAAUGUGCGAUCACUAAUGCUAUGGAGAUCCUCAAAUUGGCAAUGCGACAAAGAUGUGUGAUGUCACUUGUGAACAACUCUCCCCAUUACUUUAGUAUAUAUAUCACUUAAAUUGCCUCUUAUCACAUCUAUCAGUAGAUCAUGUGUUCUUUCUAUAGGAGGGCAUGUAAUACAGAUUUUUAAAGAAUACAUCAUGGAUAAAGAGUUUGUAUCACCACAAGAAAAAGCAGAAAGAGACAUUUUGAGGGUAUUUUAUAGUCCAUCAAAGGGAAAGUUGUUCACAUGUGACAUCACUCAUCCUUGUCGCAUUGCCAAUGGGAGGAUCUCCAUAGCAUUAGUGAUUGCAUUAUUCAAAUGCUUAUAACUUUCUCAUUAUUUGUCCGAUUUUUCUCAAACUUUCUUUGUUCUUAUUCUUUGAUUUUUCUGUUUCGACACAAGCCUACUUAUUCCAAAGGUUUCAUUCCCCUUUAAGAUAAGGAUAUGAGACACUUCUCAUUCUGUGCUGGAAAUUGUCAUGAAAUUAGUGAACAAUCUGAAACAUUUUUGGUGAUGCAUAUCUUUGUUCUCUUGUACUAGCAUUUUCAUUUAGUGCCCUAGAAAGCAGAGUGUGAAAAAGUUGGUUAAAACAUUUCAGUAUUCACAACAUGUCAUAUAAUCUUUUGUUUUUGCACUUGCUUGAGAAAACAGUGACUGUCAUUGUAAUACCAUCCCAUUUUAGGUUCGCCAAACUCAACAAUUUGAUCAUCGCCCAAUACAAUUGAUUCUACAACUAAAAUUUACUGUAACUAAGGUAAUGGCUAAUUAUGUAUCCAAAAUGACGAUUGAUAGUAUCUCAUUAUGUUACACCCUUGGAAAAAAUAAAACUGUAGUGUCUAUUAAUAGAGUGGUGCUGUUGUAUCUCAUUAAGUGACACCCUUUGACAAAAAUUAAUUUGUUGUGUCUAUUAAGAGUGGUGCUAACUCUAAGAGAAUCAUUCGUAUCAUAUAAAGUGUGUUACAUUUUCAGUAUUGUCAAAAGAAGACUCCACAGUGCCUUACCCCCAUACCAGUCUGUAUUAGUUAUCACCCUGUUCCAUACAAUGCAUUGAUAUGCAGCUGUUCCUGUGUAAAUAACACAAUGUAAAACUUAUCUAAACUUGUGUGAUCUUACAGGUAUUUGAACUUAUGAUGUGAUUUAUAUUGAAAAGAAAAUAUGAAUGCCAAAAAUAUGUGUCUGAGAAGGUAUUAUGCAUGACAUGUACCACAGGACCAACUUGACUUAAUGACACAUCUAUUUUCUUUGCAUGUCUAUAAGGGGGAUGCCAGUUUAUAUGAUGUGCUUCUGUUUUUCAGAUUUUAAUAUGAACAUAACAAUUUAUUGCAUUGUUGUAUUAUUCUGAUGCAUGUGAUAAUGCAAAUUUCUCAAGGAAAAUGUUCUAUUGCUUUUUAAAAAUGGAUUUAGGGGUGUUUUACAAAGAGUCAUGAGUGAUGAAAGUCAUGCUUAAAUGCUGACGCACACAUGAUACGUAAUGCACGAUCUUAUUGAUUAAUGCGCAGUAUUGUGUGUCCUACUUUAUAGCAUGAUUUGAACAGUGUGGUGGUGCCUUAUAUACUGGAUGCAAUUGGAAAUUUAAGUGCGACUUCACACUUAAAUCUUUUUUUAAAUAUCCCAAUGAUGGAUACGGAUUACUCAGGGAUUAUCAUUCCAUUCUUUUCAAAUAUGUUGGAAGUCAUGUCUUGGAGAAUUAUAUGUAGAAGUAAGGAGUUAAAUUAAGGUCUCGGUUUUCAGUUUGCAGACCUUUUGCAACUCGGGGCCUGUUACAUGAAGCUUAGUAAUAGAUCAUGCAAUUGAUUGCAUAUCCAUUCCAUUGUGUAUUUUGGUAUAGCACCUUUUCCUAGUGGUUACCAAAUGCUCCACAAAAAUUUGUUCCACUAGAUUCACAAGUUGGCCACUCAACAGCAUUACCAUCUUAAAAGAGACUAGUUAAAGGAGAAUGAAACCCUUGAAACCAGCUGAAUCCAUAUCAAAGAGAAAAAUCAAAGAAACAUAUUGUUGAAAGUUUGAGGAAGAUUGAAUGAAUAAUAAGAAAGUUAUGAGCAUUCGAAUAUUGAGAUCACUAGUGCCAUGUAGAUCCUCCCAACGGCAAUGCGACCAAGAUCUGUGAUAUCACACACGUACAACUCCCUCAUUACUUUAGUACUUAUUUCACUUAUAUUCUCACUUUUAUAGAGUCUAUCACAAGGUGAGGUGUUCUCUUUAUGAGAUGACAAGUACAGAGGUUUCACAACAUUAUAUCAUUGAUGAAUCGUUUGUCAUAUGAUUAGAAUGAGCAAAAAGAGAUGUUUUGGGGUAUAUUUUCAGUGUCCAAAUGGGAGAGUUGUACGUGUGUGACAUCACAGAUCUUGGUCGCAUUGCCAAUGGGAGGAUCUCCAUAGCAUUAGUGAUCUCGACAUUCAAAUGCUCAUAACUCUUUUAUUGCUAGUCCUAUUUUACUCAAAGUUUUGUUGAUCUUAUUCUUUGAUUUUUCUGCUUUCACAAAAGCUAACUUGCUCCAAGAGUUUCAUUCUCCUUUAAGCAAUAAAAAUAGUCCAUGCAAUAAUAACAAUAAUCAAUAUUAAUGCAAUAGCUAAAUACUGAAUAUAAGUCUUGUGAUAAAUUUGUAAGAACUAAGUUACAGGGACUGGGGGAUGUGUAAAGCUGUUUGUAAUGCUAUGCAUGUCUUCCAAUGGACUGCAAUGUGAUCUGCCAAAUCUAUGCCCAAAGGCAAAAUUUGUUCCUAGUUCAACUACAGGGUGAACUUGUCUUAAAGGGGAAGUUCACCCAGACAAAAAUUUGAAAUAGCAGAAGGAAAAUAAAGUAAAUUGGCGAGGGUUUGAGAAAAUUCCAAAGAAUAAUGAAGUUAUUAAAAUUUUAAUUUUGAUUUGUGACGUCAUGCAAGCAGCUUUCCUACAUAUCGUAUGGUAAAAGAAAAAUCAAUGAAACGUCAUUUUCUCAGAAAAUUGAAAAUGGUUUUUACUGUACCUUCAGUAUGUACUCAACAAACAAAUCAUUUCAUACCCUUUCAUAAAAAGAAAACAAGACAGUAUAAGUCAUCACAAAUGAUCAAAAUAUUGAAAUUUAAGUAUUUUAUAUUACAUAACAUGUGGAGCAGCUGCUCGUUUAUGGCAUCAAAAAUCCAAAAUUUGAAAUUAUAAUACCAGUUUUUUUCUUAAUCUUUAACGGAUUUUCCUCAAACCUUCACCAAUAUUUUUUUAUUAUUCUGCUGUUUUUACAACAAAAUUUUCUUCAAGGUGAACUUCCCCUUUAAAUGAAGGGUAAGUGUAUUUCAAUAAGCUCAUCUAAUAUGUGUCAAAAUGUAUACUGUACAUUGCCCUUUCAACAUUCUUGAAAUUGUUAAUAAAUGAUGGGAAAUGAUGAGAGAACAGUUUAAUAGGCUUGUCAUAUCAAGUCUAGUAAGAUUGUGCCUAACUUUGAGAACAGCUUUCUGAUACAUCCCCGAGGCUGGUCUCAAUUUCAGUAUUACUAUAUUUUGUCAGUAAGUUGUAUCUAUUCUUGACAGUACUUUUAAGUGGAAAAAAGUACUAUUCUUGCCAAUGUUGGAACAAAUGGUGGGUUUUAUAUGAUUCACUGUGCAUUUGCAUGGCUUCAUGGCAAAUAUAUGUAUUUUUUAGUUUUUAGAAA